AUGAGUUUGAUAGCGACUCCAUCUCGCUCUUUUGCAAAGAUUACUACAAAACUUGUAGAUGGAUUUGAUUGGAUAUCCAAGAAUGAAGAGGGAAAAUCAAUGAUCUUUUCAACAGGAGAUAAUGGAAAAUAUCCAGAUCCUCCAGAGGCACUUGUAAUGGCAUUAGGCGCUUGUGCUGGUGCUACAGUUAAAUCAAUAUUUGAUUUCAAGAAGUACAAAUAUUCAAAGCUUGAUUUAGACCUUGAAUACGAAUACACAAAAGUACCACAAACCAGAGUCGAAACGAUCAAUGUUACUAUCAAUACUGAUGCUGAAAUUGAACCAGAUAGAAUGAAAAAGAUUAUCGAGACUACUGAAAAUAAGGGAUGCUAUGUUGCUGGAUCUCUUAAAUACCAAGUUAACUUAAAGAUGACAUACAAAAAAUUUUAA